CCAUUUCCUGCGGGUCACGUGGUGGGGGCCCGGCGUUGCCUUGGCAGCGGCGGAGGCGGCGGAGGCUCCGGUACCCGGCGGUUCCCGGGGCGCCGCGCCCGAGCCGGCCCGCGGGCAGCAGCGCCCCCGGAGCCCUCUGCAGCCCCUCCAUGCCCAUAGGCAGCCAGUGCUUCCCUCAUGAUGAGUUCUGAACUGAACGUCCCAGUGGAUCCCUCCACUCCCGCUUGCUGCUCCGAGCCUGGCACCAAGGGCAUGGAUUAUCGGGACUGGGUGCGCCGCAGCUACCUGGAGCUGGUGACCUCCAACCACCACUCAGUUCAGGCCCUGUCCUGGAGGAAGCUGUACCUGAGCCGAGCCAAGCUGAAGGCCUCCAGCAGAACCUCUGCUCUGCUCUCUGGAUUUGCAAUGGUUGCCAUGGUGGAGGUGCAGCUGGAGAUGCAGUACAAGUACCCCCAGAUGCUGCUCAUCGCGUUCAGCGCCUGCACAACGGUGCUCGUGGCCGUUCAUCUCUUUGCCCUCCUCAUCAGCACCUGCAUUCUGCCGAACGUGGAAGCAGUGAGCAACAUCCACAACCUGAAUUCCAUCAGCGAAUCCCCUCACGAGCGCAUGCAUCCCUACAUCGAGCUGGCGUGGGGCUUCUCCACGGUGCUGGGAAUCCUCCUUUUCCUGGCGGAAGUGGUGCUGCUGUGCUGGAUCAAAUUCCUGCCCGUGGACUCCAUCCUGAAGAAUGACACCACCACCAUCCAGAAGCCCAGCGGCCACGCGGGCUGGCAGGCGGCGCUGGUCUCCACCAUCAUCAUGGUCCCGGUGGGUCUGAUCUUCGUCGUCUUCACCAUUCACUUCUACCGCUCUUUGGUGCGGCACAAAACGGAGCGCCACAACCGAGAGAUCGAGGAGCUCCACAAACUGAAAGUGCAGUUAGACGGGCACGACAGAGGCAUGCAGGUGGUGUGACGGGGGCUGAGGCCGGGAGCAGAACGCCUGUUUGCUAGAUGGCGAGGCGCGCUGGUAGGGGAUUGAUUGGGGGCUUCAAUAUGUAAAUGCUAAUUGCCUGCCCUAUAUAGCUGUGGGUUCUAACGCUGUCUCAGAUGCUGCGGUCCCUGGUCCUGCACACUUCUGUACUUAAGUGGACACUGCCAUGGAGUUCAAGGUCAAAUCUUUAUCUACCUUUACAUGGGUACGACUAGCCAAAAAUCUGUAUUAUUUUACAAAUGCCGUGUUCUGUUGCCAGAAGUAAAAGUGCGUCAGCUGUCCAUGAAGGCUGUGUGUGUGGAGGACCUGUCUUACGUGUCAGAACUCCGUGGCUGUCAGUGCAGCAGCAAUUAAUUGGCAGUUUGUUUCUAGAGCUGAGCUGGUUAAUGAAGGUAUCUGCACCCAACUUGAGGACGUUUGGAAAGCACAACAGAAACUGCGAGUGUUCGUUGCCUUUGUUCCAAAGCAAAUGUUCCAUACACAUAUAACCAGGAAGAAAUCAGCCUUAGCUUUAUGUUCUUUUCUCACUAUUCUUUCCAUACUUCUACAAAUUCUAAAGGCAGGGGGCUGGGGACUUCUGUUGUUCUUUCUUCAGCAGCAUCUGUCACUUUAGACUGAACAAAUGCCAAGAUCGCUUGUUUUUUUCCAGCCAGAGCCCAGGGAAGGCUUACAGGUGUUUUAGUUUUAACAAGGACAUUCUUAAAACAGAACAGUGACGAAAUGUAAUCAGACAAAACUUUGAAGGACUAGUAAAGCGAGUUUCAAGGAGGAAAAGUGGCGGCAGGGACCCAUCCCUGUGUUGUUUUCAGUUAUGUCCUGCUGGAAUGUCUUUUCCUUGGUUUGCUGGAGAGAUCAAGCCCCCGGCCUGUGUUUUUCCUGGUGCUGUUUGUCAGCUGUAGCGUUUGCCUGUCGGAAAGGAGAGCUUCCUUCGCCCUGCACCAAAGCAGGCAGCUCCUCUGGGGAACCUGGAGCUGCAGGGCGAGCCUGGCAGAGCUGGACCCGGCCAGAGAUCUGUGUGCCAUUCGAGAGCUAUCGCGUUUCAUUUGGGCUGUCGUCUGUUCCAGCAUUGAAGGAAAAGACGCUUGCACGCCUGUCCGGCUUAGCAAGGGAAACUUGUGAAUCCUGCAGCAUCCUUUUGGGUGAAAACUCCCCUGAAAAGUAUUCCGUGAUUUGUGGUAGCUUUGCGAAGAGAAAAAGAGUGUUUUGCAAUCAGCAGCUCUUCUAAGAAACGUGGAGCUUUCUGACCUGGGGCCGAACGAAACAUCAGCCCAUUUUCUUGGCCCUCAUCCUAUGCCCAUUUCCUGCUCUGCGCUCAAACGCUGCAGUCGCAGCCUCCCGGCUCCCAGGCUGCCUAGGUUCCUGAGAUCGUUACGGAUAUUUGUAAUGUUCUAUUUAACGAUGGUCCUUUAUUCCACUGGGAUCUGAGAAAUCUAAUGGCGGCAUGUUACAUGUCAGCUUCCCAGAAUGGGGAGUACAUGCAAAUCCCAGUGAGACUGUCCCCGUAUCUCUCUCUGACGAGGGUCCUGGGAAACUAACUCUCAUUUCUCUUGUUUACAUGUGGGUUUGAGCAUUGCUGAACAAGUUGCUUAGCACCGUGUCUGUGCCUUUCAUCUGCUGUUCUCGCCGCAGUUGGCAUGUACCAUAUUGGCUGAUGUGCAGCAAAGAAAAUAGUUUUUUGUGUGUGACAUGACUAGCCUGUACUUAUGCACAUAUGCAAAAAAUGAGGAGUGUCCUCCGGGAAGUGGAUGGUCAUGAAAUUGGUAUCAUCCCCCAGGAGCCCGCCUCUCUUCCUCCUCUUCUUACCAAAAUAAAAGUUCAAGGUUUACGUAACAAAAUCGGAGUUGAGUUUUCUGCCAAGUAUUACACACGUAGGCUCUUCUUCCAGCAAAAUCUCUCCUGUGAAGCCAGAGCGAGACCAGAUAGGAUUAAUUCCAGACCUGUACUUUGCAUUUUUUUCUAUAACAGCAGUAGUAAUUGGUCUCUGUGCGCUGUGGAGCUCAGGAGGUUUGAAAUCAGUUGUAGAGCAAAGUAUUGUAGCAUUUUUUUGUAAUAAAGAAACUGUCAAAUUUCA